AUACACAUUAACUUGGAGUGCGCGUUACCGUUACGACACGUCGCGGACAAACAUAAUAACGGCACUUUGCGGUUAAGAUUCGUCGGCCACACGUUGACACAAGCCAACGCCACCGCCACAGCAACAGCAACAGUAGCAACAACAGCCACAGGAAGCCAGCCACGAACUGAAGCCUUUGACCAAGUGGGCAGGGCAACAGAAAGCAAACAAACAAAAAAAAAAAACAACGAAGAAAAGAAAACAUUGCAUACAAAACUUGGACAAAUACGCUUGUUGCUUUUGGCAGUAGGCGUGGCACUUCAUGUGUGUGUCACAUGUUCUUCCUUUUCACCAUGAGUGUGUGUGCUUUGCGAAAAUUGUUGUGCGGAAAUUAUUGAAAUUUUCCUUUUGAUUUUGUUGGCGGCUCCACGCCACGUCACGCGCCCAUAAAAACUCUUGACACUCCGAGGCAGUGAGCAGUUAGUAGUGAGUGGGGAUUCCCCUACACACACACACACAUACACACACACACACAGUAUGGCAAAGUGACGCGUUUUGCCGCCAUCCGUCGGCGUUUCGUUGUUGUUGUCCUCGUUCUCGUCCUUGUCGCACUGACAAAUUUCCUUGCAUAUCCGUUACAACGCUGCAACUGGCAACUUGCAACAAACUAAACAAUUUGCGUGGCGCGUGUUGUCGUUGACGUUGUCCUCGGUCUUCGCUCCUCGAACCCCUUUUGCCACCUUCACUUCGAACCCGGUUCACUUGUCGCGUAUCCGUCGCCAUUUUGGACAAUAAUUUCGUUUCCGGUUCGCAAAAAAAGUGCAACAUGCCGCCAAGCAAAGUGAAUGACUAACUCAAACGUUUAACAAAUAUUAAUCAAACUAUGCAAGUGUAAAAGUGUGCAAUGAAUUUAUAAACAAUCGGAAUAAAGUAUAGCUCAUAUUUCUUGGAUAUACUAUAACACAGAGACCAGCAUAAUCCUGAGAGUCAAGUGGAAUCCUUUGCUCAACCAACAUCUAGCCAUUGACGCUUCAGAAGGUCGCGCCAUGUACGAGAAUUCGUGUUCGUAUCAAACGGCGCUGGACUUGAAGCGAGUAUCGCCGCCAACGCUGGCCCAGGUGAAGACCGAGGAUUGCCUGACGCUGGGACAAUGUUCACCCGACUGGACUUCGUAUCGCUUCCAUCAGUCCACGUUCGAGCAGCUGAAACAGAGCGUGGAGAAGGCAAAAGCAGCGCUUCAGGAUCGCAGCAGUUUCUUUGGCGCAAGCAGCGCCUUCAGUGACAUCUACUCCAGUCAACGUCUGACCGACACGCUGGACACCUUGCCUGCCAUGCAGAACGGAAGUGGAGCUGGAAAUUGUCUUGGCCUGUCACACAAUCCCAGCGCCGGAGUGGGCGUUGGAGUGGGAGUGGGCGUGGGCGUGGGUGUGCUUAACUAUAAUACUGUGAGCAGCAGCAGCGCUGGAGUUCUAGGGGGAAGUGUGCAACGCCAUCGCCUGGAUACGCUGCAACCGCCAACGGGUUGCUCACCAGCAGGCACACAGCAUGGAGUCAUCACGUCCAGCGCUGGUGGCCAGCUGCCGAGUGCCACACUGGAUGUGGUCAGUUCAGCCACGGUGCCAGUGCCGCAUUCAGCAUCGAGCAGCACGUCGCAUGUGGAGCACAAAGUUCGAACAGAAAAAUCGACAUUGGAUUGCGCCACAACGUCCUCGACGCAUGCCGCUGUCGUUGCCGCCUCCUCAUCCUCGGCCUCGAGCAGCGAUCUGGGCAGGCACAGCGUUGGCAAGAGCAGCAGUAGCAGCAACAAUACCACAACUGGUGGCUCAAAUGCAUUGUAUUCCUCGUACAAAUCGUCGUGGGGCUCCCACAGCUCGACACAAUCGCAAGGCUACAGCUCGAAUGCGCUGAGCAUCAAACAUGAUCCGCACACACAACUACGGCAACCUGAUCCAUAUCAAAUGUUCGGACCCACCAGCAGCAGACUGGCCAGCUCAGGCUCUGGUCAGAUACAAUUGUGGCAAUUCCUGCUCGAGCUGCUGUCGGACUCCAACAAUGCCAGCUGCAUUACCUGGGAGGGAACCAACGGAGAGUUCAAGCUAACCGAUCCCGAUGAAGUUGCUCGUCGCUGGGGCGAACGCAAAUCGAAGCCGAACAUGAACUACGAUAAACUGAGUCGCGCCUUAAGAUACUACUAUGACAAGAACAUCAUGACCAAGGUGCAUGGCAAACGCUAUGCGUAUAAAUUUGAUUUUCAAGGCCUAGCAGCGGCCACACAGCCGGCGGCCAGUGAUCCCACCUACAAGUAUCAGAGCGACCUGUUCAUGACGCCAUAUCAUCACAGCGCGAAGCUCAGUUCGUUUAUGAGUCCACAUCAUGGCAUGACUUCUUCCUCAGCUUCCAUCUUUCCAACGGCCGCUUCGUGGGGCAACUGGGGCAGUCCGGCCACGAAUCUGUAUCAGCCGCACUCGAUGAGCCAUGUGACGCCAUCGCAUGUGGCGCCGCACCUCAGCUCCUAUCCUCACUACGCAUGACCAUCAUAAU